UCAAUUGUUGACCUUGUUGCUCAAGGUAAUAGCUGACAAUUGAUUUUGAUUGAAAAUUUAGAUGAAUGAACUGGUUGACAAAAGACAGUAAAGACCAGACAGUAGAUAAUCAAACGUCACAUCCGCUUUUUCAUUCCUUAGCGUGUUUCCUGGCGCGAGUUAUUAGCCAAUGAAAUUUCACUCUUCACGCGGUAGUCAUGGCAACAAAUAUGAAAUUUGCUUGUUUAUCUUCAUAAUGCUAUUCUUAAGUGUUUUUCAAACUAGCCCUACAAAGAUAUUUGUCUUAUAUCUUGUAUGAAAUGCUUCCUUCAAGAUCAACAUGAAGCAUAAAUAAAACAUUUCUGAAUGGUGAAGAACUUUUUUUUCAAGGCAGUAAUGAACAAAAUGUGGUUAACCGUUUUGAAAAUUGUAUAACAUAAUGUGCUCGAGACUAUUCCAUGUCUACUAUCCAUAAAAGAUAUGGCCAGGCUUCUACGACUUAUUCAAAAAGCCACUGUACUGUUAUUUUCAUUUGCAUUGCUAUAUUUGGCUUAUUGUUCACUCUCAGAUUAUAAUAACAUAGAAACUUAUGAGAUAAGAUAUAACCAGUCAUGCAGAGCAGACAGUGCAUUAUUCCAUGCUGCUGAUUUUGUUAUAUGCAUUGAGAAACCUCAUAUAUUUUUUGUGGAGACUUCUUCAUCAACUGUUUUAACUCCUCGCCAAGCAUGUGCAGUUGAAUCAACAGCAAGGCACAAUCCUGAUUCCCCUGUGGCUGUACUCAUGACACCAUCUGAAUCAAUUGAUACCUCUCAUCUGCUGUCUAAAACUCUACAAAAUAUUCCUAACAUUCACCUAAUAAAAAUAAACAUAGCUGAUCUCACUCAGGGUACACCUAUACAGAAAUGGUAUUUACUUGGCCAAUGGAAAAAAAGCAAAUGGAAGUUCAGCCACUUAAGUGAUGCUUUAAGAUAUUUCCUGAUGUGGAAAUAUGGAGGUGUCUAUCUGGAUUUGGAUAUAGUCACAUUACGGUCGUUGCAGAAGCUGAAGAACACCGUCAUCACCGAAAACUGGGAUCGCGUAGCCGCUGGAUUAUUAUUCUUUGACAAGGGCCAUGAACUGAUGAAACGCUGUAUGCAUGAUUUUGCUGCAAAUUACGACUACUCCAACUUUGUCAUGAAUGGACCUGGUAUUAUAACCAAACAUAUUAAAUUUCUCUGUGAUACUGAAAAAAUUAGCAAAGUGUCUGGUGCCAAUUGUAAGGUUGAUAUCCAACCUCCUGAAAGUGCUUUUCCUAUUCCUUAUGAUGAAUGGGAAGCAUAUUUCAUACCGUCAACUGUAACUGAUGUAACAAAGCACUUCAAUUCAAGUUAUUUAAUCCAUGUAUGGAAUAAAUACAGCCAACAUUCAAAACUGAUGAUUGGGCUUAACAGUUUGUAUGAACUGGCAAUGAAAGAACACUGCCCUUCUGUUUAUAAAUAUGCUCAAACAAUAGGACGUAUAUAAUUAUUUUUUAGCAUUGUU